AUGACGACGACGAAACCGGGUUACCGCAUGGUUACCACAGCACCAGCAGCAGGGGAGCGAAACCCCGCGCCCACUCACACGCACGAAACGCGUAUCACAUCGUCGUCUCCUUUCAACGCUCUCAGCCUCUUUGGUGGCGGAUUAGGCGGCGGAUUUGGCGCUGGUUUCGGCGGCGCGUUGGCGGGGCUUGGGGGCGCGGCAGGGGGCGGCUCGUCCUACUCCUUCCAGAGCUCAACGGUCACCUACUCGGGGAUAGGCGGGAAGACGUACUACUCUGAGUCGUCCUCCCACCAAAUCGCGGCCAACGGGGUGGUGGAGGCACAGCACCAGCGGCGGGACUCGAGGGGACACCAGAGCAUGACAGUUGCACGGGGGUUGGGCGAUAAGGCGCGAACACUGAGCUGCACCAGGGAGGGCGGGCAGCAGAAGUCAUACGAGAUCCUGCACAAUAUGUCACAAGAGGAAGCAGCAACCUUCGACAGCACCUGGCAGCACCACGCACGUCACGCGCUCCCUCCCUCAGCCUCCGCCCCUGCUGCUCCUUCUGCCCGCCUUGCCCUGCCGUCCUCCUCUCACCGUUCCUCCUCUGCUCGCCAGCCCUCUGAGGGGCCAAGAGGGGGAGGUCAUGCAUAUGGGUAUUAG